CCGCUGCCGUCCUUGCAAUAUUCGAUUCCACAACGGCACCGUGCUCCCACUCGCUUGAGGCAGGGUUCGUUGACUGGGGAUUUAAAUCUCGUUCUCACCUUCGUUUGUCUCGUCUGUUUUGCUGUAAUAAUCUAGUUCUCCUACCUAAUCUGCUACCUAAUCUCCCCCUUUUUCCGAAGCCCGAUCACCCGGAUCCGCCCACAAAUUUUGCUGCCAUCUCAUCUCCAUAAUAUUUACGUUCGCAACCACAACAACAUCGAACCCUAUACUAGCGCUCCAGCAUCAUUCGCAAUGGUCUCGUUCCGCUUGACGCUCCUGGCGCUUACCAGCGCUGUCGCCGUCUCGGCGGACUACUACAUUGAUCCCGAGAGCGUUCCCAUGUCCAGCAGAAAGGCGUGGUGUAACGACCAGCGGAGCAGCUGCCCGACCAUCUGCCUCCAGACCAGCACGGGCCAGCCGGAAGUGAACACAUGCGAUCCCGAAACCCUGACAUACGGCUGCGUGUGCAGCGACGGCAAGCAGCCCAACAUCUCCCAGUACACUCUGACGCUCCCGUACUACGUGUGCACAGAGUGGGGCAACCAAUGCGUCAAGGACUGCGGCAGCAACAACGGGUGCGCCUCGGACUGCCGUGAGAAGCAUCCCUGCGGCGCCCAGAACCCGCCGCGCGCCAACACGACCGCAACCUCGACGACAGCGACGUCGUCGGCCACCGGUACCCCUACCAACCAGGUCUUCGAUGGUGCGGCUGAUGGCUCGAAUAUUGGGAACAACAAUGCCGCCGGCGCGCUGCGGUUCGGCAGCUCGUACGGUCUCGCGGUUGUAGCGGGUAGCCUGUUCGCUGGGUUCGCUAUGCUGCUUUGAGGAGCGGGUCACGGGGCUUCAGACAAGACUGGGGGUCUAGUCUCAACUUUCAAGAAGCUGAAGAAACACGUCGUGGGUGCGACUGGGGUGUAGCUUGCAAUGAGCGGGACAGCUUUAAUCCUUCGGUAUCGUUAAUGUCUAAGUAUCUGUUUGGCGAACUCGGUCUUGGGUCCACAGAAACGGGAUUUUUUUGCAUCUUAGCCUCGUCUGAGAUCACCUGCUCACCUGGGUUUAUCGUUUAUAGAAUGACAAUUGAGAAAAGUGUUCGAGCCGCCGUUUCACGGCCCUGACUUGUUG